GUUCCGGGCGCUGCAGCGGUGGGCGCCCGGGGCCUUCCCGGAGGUCUGGCGGGAGCUGGAGGUGGAGCGGGUGGGCGCAGGCGGGUUGAGUUACCUCAUCCGCUGGCCCGCCUCAGACAAUGCCACCCGCACCACCACCACCACACACCGGCAGCAGCAGCAGCGGCAGGGACAGCAGCAGCAGGGACAGGGCCAAGAGCAGCCGCUGCUGCCUGUGUUGUUCAUUUCGCACCUGGAUGUGGUGCCGGUGGCGGAGGAGACGGCGGAGCAGUGGGAGCAGCCGCCCUUCAGCGGCGCAGUGGCGGGG